AUGACGGCUCUCCGUCUGUGCUUCUUCUCCCUCUUCUGCCUCGCCGCCUCCCAAAAGAUCCCCAGGCUGAAGCUGAUCCCGACAGAUCGUUUGAAUGCCAGCUUUGCGGAAAAAGCGGAGCUGCUGGUCCUUUUUCACGAUGCCGGUUCUGACCAGCUCUUUAUCGGAGGCCGCGAGCAGCUGUGGAUUCUAACAUUCAAGGACUCUGCGGUCACUCCGACACAGAUACAGCUGAGUGCUGACGAAAAGGUGAAGGCGGACUGCAAGAAGAAGCAGAGGGCGGACCAGGAGUGCCACAACUUCAUCAAGGUGAUCCAGAGGCUGAACGCCACCAACAUCAUCGUCUGCGGCACCAACGCGGCUUCUCCCAAGUGUUGGCUUCUGGACAACAACAACACCUAUUAUGAAAGCCAUACCUUCAAAAUCAACGCAGGAAACAUCGUCCCGGCACUCCCUUCUCAAACCGCGGUGACCAUCGCAGUAGAUGGCAACCUAUAUUCUGCACUGUCGGGAAGCAAGAGCAUCAUACAGAGGAGCUAUGGAACCAAACGCCUGAUUAAGACCGAAGACAACUGGCUGACCAGAGCGGAGUUUGUCAGCGCUGCCCUGCUGGCGGACAGCAAUAAAGUCAACGACGAAAUUUACUUCUUUUACAACGAGGUGAACAACAGCGCCGGACUGGACGAUGAGCCUUACAAAGCUCAGCUCGGGCGUGUGUGCAAGGUGGAUGAAGGUGGAAAGAACAUGCUGAUAGAUUCCUGGACCACCUUCCUGAAGGCAAGGCUGGUCUGUGGAGAUCCCAGAGAUCCCAAGCGCUUCCAUCACCUCCGGGACGCCUUUCUCCUCAAAGAAAGCCGGACGUUGUACGGGGUCUUCUCCAGCUCAUGGGGCAAAGCGGCUGUUUGCAAGUAUUCAAUGAAUGAGAUCAGCUCUGCGUUCAAGACUCCUAAAUUGAAGGGUUACACCGGCCCCCUUUCUGGCUACCGAAUUGGCACGUGCAUUUCACCAAGUUCCCAGACUCAAAAAAAUACCCUGACCAUCAUUAAAGACCACCCCGAAAUAGAGACGGUCAUCUACCCAGAAGGGCAGCAUCCCCUCUACCUGCUCGAGAACAAUGAGAACUACACCAGAGUGGUGGCAGACCGGGUGCGAGAUGCCAGCAACGUCACACGGGACGUCCUCUUCCUUGGGACAGAUCAAGGGAAGAUCCACAAGGUGCUUCAGAAUGGAGAGCAGACAGUGAUCAUUGCGGAGUUAAGCCCCUUCAAAAAAGAAGCACCCAUCUCCUCCAUGGUCCUGGAUACGACUAUGGGCCACCUGUACGUGAGCACCGAGUUCGAGGUGGUGCGCCUCUUGCUGGCAGACUGCGACCAGUACAAAGACACCUGCUGGAAUUGCGUCCUGGCCCGCGACCCAUAUUGCGGGUGGGACCCGAAUGGCAAGACUUGUUCGGCCGUCGCUCAGUCUGGAAACCACACCUCUCUUCGUUUGCUUCAAAGCCUAGACCCGCAGUCCACAGAUGUCUGCAAAGGUGUCGAAGACCAAAAAAACCAGGAAGCUCUCAAGAAAGUGAGCGUGGACCCGACAAGCUAUAUCUAUCUGCCGUGCCCUCUGCGAUCCUACCACGCCACCUACACUUGGAUAAAGGAUGACUCCAAGGAGUACCCCUGCUCCAUAGACAGGGAAUCCUGCACUCUUCAUUUCGGGGAGAGCAACCCCAUGGGCCAGGGCAUCUUCAAAUGCACCUCCAAGGAAGAAGGCUACCGAGAGGAGAUCACCGCUUACGAGGUCACGCUCAACGGCGGCCGGAUGCCGGAGGUCUCCCUGGUGGUAGUAGCCACGGGAAUCUUGUUCCUGGCCAUAACCAUCCUUCUCUUGUAGAC